AUGCCGCAAGAAUAUUCAACGAACAUGGGGGAGCAUUCGCACAAGACGGAGGUGAAGCGUCAUGCGCGGAACUCCAAUUGGCGCGACGUGGGCCGUGACAUCGCCGUGCGGCACGAACGUCUUGCCGCCAUCAAGGAUCUGACCAAGCAAGAGGGCGGAGGCAAGACGUACGAGACAGCCAUGCGCCUAGCUAUCGACCGCAACGAGCGUGUGCUCACCAAGACGUUUCGGGGAAUGACCCUCGGAGCACCGUACGACCACGCGUGGACCUCGUACAAGUUGGCGCUAGGCGAGGAGGUGAUGCUGAAGUUUUCCAGGGAGCUGGCGCGGUCGAGGAUAACGGUGACACGCCUACAUGUGCACACAGCACUGGCGAUCCCUCCCCACGACCGGAUGGACAGGGGGGACCAUGGGCAGUUGGUGAAGGCCGCCCCUGAUGAAAGGAAGUUCAGCCACAUUCGCAUUCAGGGGGGCGGUGCGGUGUGGUUCGGGCGGGUACUGGUUCUCUUCCACUUCACGGGUCCGGACGGUGACCUGAUCCAGCGGGCAUUUAUCAAGUACUACGAUGAGGUCGAGCCACCUUGUCCAGUGACUGGUUGCAAGCGUCUCUUGCCGACGACUGGGGUCGAUGAGUAUGCUGUGAUCGAGUUGGAGAGCAUCUUGCGCCUUGCUCACAUCGUGCCAUCCUUUGUUGACUCCCAGUACCUUCUGGUCAACAGGUUUUUGUUUUAG